CCUGAGCGGGACCUGGCGGUACUGGGGGGGAGGCCUGAGGGGAAGCGGUGCCCCUGUACUCACCCAGUACCCCUCUGUUUCCCGCAGGGCGCAGCCAUGAGCCAGCAGCGAGGCCGAGGGGAUGCUGGGGACGCUGUCCGAGAGCCGCAGGCCGGGCCCGGCUGCGUCAAGCGCCGCAAGACCAGGGGCGAACGCAACCGGGCCAAGUUUGGCCCCAGCUUGCGUGGCACCAGGUGGAGGGGGGGGAGGCACCCCUGGGGGGGCCUCCCUCCGCCCCGCACCACCCAGCCACCCCCCAGCCCCCUGCCACCCCCCCGGCCCGUCAUCAUCACCCAGCAGCGCCUCUGUCGCCCCCGGGGGCUCCUCGGCCGGGGGGUGGCCUCUGUGGACAUAAAGCGGUUGUUGGAGGGUGGGCAGGGGGCUGAGCUCCCCCCACCACCCCCUACUGAGGAGGUGACACGGCCUCCGGAGACCCCCCGGCCUGUCCAGGGGAUGGAGAGGGAAGGGCAGAGGUCACCCUCCCCUCCAGAAAACUCCCCAGAGAAGGUGGUUGGUGACAGAGACUCCCUCAGUGCUGUGACCUCUGCCCGGGAGCUGGCUGCCCACCUCUGUGCCCUUCUGCCACACCCCCCCGAGUUCUGGGGACGCGUGCUGCCUGAGGAGAGACGCCGUGCGUUGCUGGCUGUCCUGCUGGAGCAUCACCACACCCUGCCUGACCUGGCCACUCUCCUCCCCCAUAAAACCGUGGGGGUCUCAGGGGGACUCUCCCAUGCACAGCCCCCUAUGCCACCCCCUGCCUCCCACCCACCCCCAGGGCUUUGCGCUGCUGAAGCAGAGCAGCUUCCCCAGCCCAUGCAGAGCAGGGACCCAGCACUCCAUCACAGCCACCCCUCCUCACCCCCACAGGCCAUCACUCAGUCACCAACUUCUCUGUCCCAGUUCUCUCCUCCCGUUUUCAGCACUGAGAUGAAGAAAAGUCAGAGCUGGUUACCCUGGAUGUCAGAGGAUGAGGAUGAUGCACAUCCUGAAAACCCAGCCCCGCAGCUCUGGGUCCGGACCCCCCCCCCACCAUUCAGGCCCACCCCCCCGGCACGCUCCCCCAUCUCUCACCCCCCCAUAAGGCACUGCACACCCGAACUGGAGUUGCCACCCCAGCCAAGGCAGCGAAGGGACCCAGCACCGCACUACUGCCGCUGCCGUGCCCGCCUGCAGGCUGUUGCUCAGACUGCAAGCCCCCCAGCUGUCCUGCCGCCCCCUGUUUUCAGUGCACAGAGGAGGGAAAGGCAGAGCUGGUUCCCCUUGAUGUCGGAGGAUGAAGAUGACACACACCCUGAAAAUUUGGCCCCGUUCUGGGUCCAGAGCCCCUCACCACCACUGUUUAGGGGGCGGACCCCACCACGCAUCCCCUUGAGAGAGCCAGGCUGCACGUGCAGGGCAGGAUGGGAUCCCAGGGCAGGGGACACAGCUGAGAGGCAUGGCCAGAUCCACCAACGGUCCCAUGUGCCACGGUGUCACUGGGUGUCAGAGCAUCUCUUGGCAGGGCCACAAACCCCCUCACAACCCCAUCAGUGCCAUGGGAACAGGCGCACACUCCCUGCCUGGCACCGGGGGACAUGCUCUUGCGCUCCCUCCCCACCACACCACCCCCACAAGCACAGCCCUUGUCCCCACAGCUGGCCACACUCCACCUUGGACAUUCCCAUGUGCCACUGCUUGCCCCCUGCCAGCUACCGGCCACAGGGCUGCAGGGGUCCACCAGAGCUGGGGCACAGGGGAUGGCACCUGUCCUGCUGCCCCCGAAGCACUGCUCCCCGCAGGACAGGGGAUGGGAACUCCAGCCCUAAUGCCUGGAUCUUCCCCUGCAUGUACUGAGGGUGCAGCAGUGCAGAGGGAGACUCGCCUUUCUGGGGUACCCCUCCCUGUGCUCAAUAAAGGCUGUUAU